AUGGGCAUUUUGGAGAACGUAAAGCCUGGUGAGCUUUAUGAUGCCAAUUAUGAUCCAGAUCUUCUAAGGGUUAGAAAAGAGACUAAAAUAAAGCUCCAUGAAUAUAAUACUCUCAGUCCUUCUGAAGAAGAAAAAAGAAACCAAGUCAUCAGGGAGUUACUUGGAAGCUGUACUGAAAAUUUCAUUAUUGAACCACCUUUUUUCUGUGAUUACGGUAGCAACAUCCAUAUUGGAGAUAAUUUCUACGCCAACCACAAUCUCGUUAUACUUGACGGGGCAAAGGUCCAGAUUGGGGACAACGUAUUUAUUGCUCCUAAUGUUGGAAUUUACACGGCAGGCCAUCCAAUUGACGUGAAAAGGCGUCUCCAAGGCCUAGAAUAUGCUAUUCCCGUGACCAUAGGGGAUAAUGUGUGGAUUGGAGGCGGAGUAUCAGUGAUUCCUGGCGUAAAUAUAGGAAAAAACUCUGUCAUUGCUGCUGGUAGUGUUGUGAUCCGUGACAUACCAGAAGGCGUAGUGGCCGCAGGUAAUCCCUGCAGAGAAAUAAGGAAGGUUACUGAAAAAGACUGUAUGACGAAGAAUUUCAAGAAACUGUAA